ACGCAAUUGCGAUUCCUUAUCCUUCCACAAUUCAUUUCUGUCAGCCCAUAAAGAUCGUCCGAAUCCCUCGUUCUCCUCUUUCCCCCCUCUUUCUCUCUCUCUCGCCCACACAUUUGUACAAAACUGGGAUUUAGUUUUGUAUCAUAGUACUAGUAUCACGCCUUGCUAGUGCGCAAGUCCCGCGUAGGACACCCUCAUUUCACUUGUUCCAAGGUCAGUAAGGUCUGUGCGUAUCUAUCCGAUCAUUGCUACGAUAAAUCUGAUGACAUCGACGCGUCGUUAGACCAUAUUCGACGCGUCGAUAUCUUACUAGUGACCGAAACUGUAAUGCCUAAAAAUAACGCAGCCAGCCCCGCGUCACCUUCCCCGCUAGACCGCUCAUCAUCGCGAUCCGCCGCGGGUCACCUUCCGCCAAGGCCCUCCAGAAGCCUCGUCAAAAAGUCGGCAUCGCGAGCGGAAGGGGUGGUCUGUAAGAAGCGCAAGCGGUCCACUGAAGUACGCGAAUACAAAGUCUCCAAUGACGGAGACAGGAUGUGUCUUGCCCAGAGGCUGCGUCAUGAUGAUGGCGAUGAUGAUGCCUUCAUUACUGACCGCCAUGCGCGGUCUGGCCUUCGGCGCGCGCCUUCCUAUCGUAAGGAACGACUACGUAGUGGCUCCCCUGCACACAACCCCUACAAGGACAGCAAUGGGACCUCGCUCCAGCAUCUCAAGUCUUCUGAUCGCCGCACUUCUGACGAUAAGGGUAAAGAAAAAACCUCUUCUUUACCCUCACUGAAUAAUAGAGGUUCUGGAUCUGUAAACGCCCUUCAUGACACACAGCACCCUGCAUCACAGGACGUGCCAUCUGUGGACUCUGUGGAUAAAUUCCUGGACAGCAUCGACUUGAGCAUCGCUCCUUCAUACGGAAAUCCCGCGCUUGCCAAGAGCAAGGUUCCCGCGACACCAAUCCAACAAGUCCUUCCUCCAACUCCUGUAUCCAUCGCGCCCAUGCCCUUGCCUUUGCCAGAAUCUCCUCCAGUCGAGCUUCGACCAAUCCCCUUCACUUUCGGACCGGAGCAGCUUAGUCUCUCGCACCACGGACACUCUUUGAAUUACGACUUAAAUCUACUUCCUGAUGACCCAGUUGGUCCCAUCACAUUGCUUGGAACGACUCAGAGCGAACCCGGCGCAUACCUCGUUGCCGCAGCACACUAUAGGCGGACUGGUCGUUCUCGGGCAGCAUGCAAAGUUUCCCCAUCACUAGCGAAAUCUCUCGCGCCUUCCGUUUUUACACCCAUAGACGUCAAUACCCCAGCUCACGAAGCCGCUGUCUUGCGACCUGCCAUUCUCUUUCUCGCGGCCUGUCAGCUGGACAUAAGCCGCGAUAGUUCAUCUCCCGAAGAGAAGAUAGCACAUGCCAACGCUGCUCAAGAACUUUUCCGCACAGUAUACGGAACAAAAAACAACAUCCUUCCUCCUGAGUCAGGGAACACCAAUACAGAUGCAAACGCCCUAGGAUUAGCUUUUACAGAUCGCGCCCGAAUUCCUUCCACCGCCAACAACAAACUACCAAAUUCUAUGUCCAAGCAAACAUCAGGCGUCCCCACUGCUCCCGCUUCUACUCGUAUUCUAGCUCUGGAGGAUGAACUCCGUCUCACGCGCACAGCCAAGUCCAUCCUUGAGGCUGAUCUUACCGCGGCGAAGAAGCACCAGCAACGCAGCGACCAGUCUGCCAGAGAAGCUGAGACUCGUUCUCGCGACGCACUUCGAUUACUUGAGACCGAAAGGGAUGAAUUCCGCGUCUUGAAGCGUCGACUCGUGGAGACGGAGCAGAAGGUGUCGGAUAUGGAGCAGUCCGCUGCCGGUGCCGAGAAUCGCGUGUGGGUGAGGUUGCGGGACAUGUUUUACGACCAAUUUGGGAACGCUUUUUGAUGCGUGGGCUGAGUUUACUUACGUUCGUUUUUUCAUCUGUUUCAGAACAUUGUGGGGUUUUAGAACCCUGAUUCAGGGCCAGUCAUGUGCAUCACAAACCCAUCACCGCCAUUAUCACCACUUGUACACUAUACCAUUUCCUGCAGCAUUCGAGAUACCGUGUUUCACUGUCCUGAUCAUCACAGUAGUGUAUGUCCCCCCGUAUUAGAACUUGUAAUCAUCCUCCAUGUAUGGAAUUAGCACUGCGAGAGAACAGGAGGAUACGUAC